UUAUCAGUGUUCGAGUCUCAGUAAUGGUUUGGCCAUUGGCAUUUGGCAUUUGGCAAUGGCAUCUCUGUUUUCUCUCUCUCAAAAACUUUUUUCUGUGAAGAAUCAGCUACCACAAUCACUGCACCCACCAAUUACAACUCAACACUGUUGACCUUUCAUUUUCAUUCUCUUUAAUUCUCUGCAAUUCUUGCUCCUUACAUACCACAGAGUACUGAGGCCAUUUUCUUUUCCAUAACCAGAGCCCACCAUUGCCUAGGGCUACGGCUUUCAGAUUCAUUUCAAAGAAUUUUCUCCCACUUUUUUCUGUUUUUUAGCUAUUGGGUCUCUCUUUUUUCCAAUUGGGUCUUCUUUUUUCUCUUUGAUUCUCCUUUUUUCUUGUUUUUUCCCUAAUGGGUCGAGUUCCUAUCACGAUUUUAGGAACCUGAGAGGACAGAGAGAAGAAAGGUCUCUGGAAUUUUCAUUUAAUCCGAGCUCUGGCGAUGGGGAUUUUAGUUUUUUCUGUAAUUGUUUCCUUGGAUCUGAAAUAUUGAGCCUCUAGGGUUUUUGUCACCGACGAAUCUUCCUAGGGCUCUUGAAAAAGUGGAGAUGUCUUUUCGAGAUUCCCCACGAAAAGCUUCUCGAAUUCUUCCAUUUCCAUGACCUGAAGAAACCCUCCACUGUUGUCCAUUUUUCUGUCUGGGUUUUCAGAGAUUUUCGGCCAUGGAAUUUCUCUCGCCAGCUUCUUACCUUCGAAAUUCCUACUGGCUGUUUCAAGAAACCAAAGGAGCCCAAUGGACUCCCGAGGAAAACAAACGGUUCGAGAAUGCUCUGGCCCUGUACGAUGAGCAGACUUCCGAUCGGUGGCUGAAAGUCGCUGCCAUGAUUCCCGGAAAAACCAUCGGCGAUGUGAUGAAACAGUACCAAGAACUGGAGGAAGACGUCAGUGAUAUAGAGGCCGGCCUGAUUCCGAUUCGUGGCUACUCCAAUCGCCACUCCUUCACAUUGGAUCGAGCCGAUAGCAGCCAUGGAUUCGAUGAUUUGAGCCAUUUCUAUGGCUCAGGAGUUAAGAGAGGAACCUCAAAUAAACCUUCUGAUCAUGAAAGGAAGAAAGGAAUUCCAUGGACUGAAGAAGAACACAGGCAAUUUCUGAUGGGUCUUAAAAAAUACGGGAAAGGUGACUGGAGAAACAUAUCUCGCAAUUUCGUUACGACGAGAACACCGACGCAAGUCGCCAGUCAUGCUCAGAAGUACUUCAUAAGACAGCUGACCGGAGGGAAGGACAAGCGAAGAUCGAGCAUCCACGACAUCACGACCGUCAAUCUUCCAGAUGCUAAAUCGCCAUCGGGGGACAGUAACAGACCUCCAUCACCGGAUCAUCCUGCAGAUGCAAUGGCUGCACAGCUGCAUCAGCUCUCAAAGAUGGUUGGCAAGGCCGAGCAGGAAUAUGACUGGAAAUGUCCGAAUCAGGGGACGGGGGCCAGAGUUCUCGACUCGAUGAACAGUAACAUAGGAUGCUUAUUGGAAGGGACCAAUCUUGGAUUGCUCUAUCAGAUGAUUGUAUGAUGUUGCUCUGCUGUGAAUAUGUUGAUGAGGAGAACUAGAACUUAAGCUAGUGCAUUGUUAUUAGGCUCUGUUGAGAAAUUUGCUUAUGCAGAUCAUGAUUCAGUGUAGUUUAUGAAUUCUCAUUCCCAGUGAUUUUGAUUUUUCGUGUUGAGAAUCCGAGGCUUAGAUUGAGUGUUGAUUGCUCGGAAAAAGGAAAACCUUUAACUAUGCUUGCUCAUUGGUUUUAUGUAAAGGUUCAAGAAGCAA